CGUGCACCCAUCAUUGCAUCUGCUGCCUGAAACACGCCUCCCCCGGCCCCAGCGCACCUUCGUCCUUUCACCUGAGCAUGGCAGCCCACUUCUGAGGCUUCGUCCCUGCCAAAGCACUCUAGCAGCGUCAUAAGAUGCGGCUGACGACGGCACUGGCUCUGUUGAGCUUGGUUCUGGGGGCCCUGCAAGUGACCCAUGCUCAGCUGCUGGGCGCUCGCCCAACGCCACUGUCGGGGCGCGUGUACGUGGUUUCCAGGGAUCAUUUCACUAAAGGUGUGAAUCCAAGCAAGGAGAUUUACCUGAAGCCCAACAUGAGCAGCGCCGCCAACCGCCACGAACCUACAAAGAUCGCUCUGUGACAGUGCAAGGGGCCAGGAGCAGCAGCGCAGGCCGCCGCCUACAGCAGGCAGCACCUGGACUGCCCACCAUCAGGCUGUCCCUUGAGGCCACCGCGGUGUCCACCCUGGUGCUGCCCAUCUCCCUGGAGGGCUGCCCCAAUCCCGCCGGCACCUACCCGGCACCCUGGUAUUUUAAGGAGGACGUGGAAAAGAAGAUUUUCGAGGACGGAGGCAAUGACGGCGCCGCCACCUCUUCUGUGGGUGCGCUCUUCCGCACCUGCAGCUACGGGCAGACGCUGCUGACGCGCCAGAACUCGGUGGUGGCACCCGUCAUCAAGUUGGACUGUGCCGGCACCAGCGCGUGGGGCACACCCUAUAACAGCAAGUCUUGUGAGUUUGAGGACUUUAGCGGAUGGUCGGAGCUCGCCAUGGAGAAGGCGCAGCAGCUGUAUGGCAUCAAUCCAGAUGACUACCUCUACAAGGCCGUGGUCAUCCCACCAGGCACUGCCUGUGGCUUUGUGGGCCUGGGCUACGUCGGCUGCGACUUCUCUUUUCCUUGCACCACAUGGACGCAAGGAGACUUCCUUGGGCACUCUGCAUGGGUGGCUCCCAACGGUAAUGUCGACGAGUAUGGUGACACCAGCUGUGCAAUGGGCUAUUGCUGUUCCAACCGCUGCUUUAACAUGGCACACGCGUGGCAGCUAGGCUGGGUGGCGCCGCAGCUGCUGAACGGCACCACCCUGGCGCCCGGGCAGACGCGCAACAUCAGCACCAAAGCGCUGACACGCACCUCGAACAGCGGCCUCAAGAUCGACAUCACCUGGGUGCAGGGCCAGGCGUCGCUCUUCCUGGGCUAUCGUCUGGCUGAGGGCCCCGAUGGCGGGCUGGACACGGCGUUUGCUGGCAAGGUGGGGGUGCACUCGUAUGCCGGCACCAGCAACCACUCCCCAGACUUCUCCUACCUGCUGGGCCAGAUGGGCCCCGGAGAGAGCAUGACCCACAGCACCAGCGGCCUAGUGCUCAAGGUCUGGAGCACCAACGCAGCCACCGGCACUGCCAGUCUGUGGGUGUGCCGCAAGAGCGCCAGUGGGCAGGAGACGCUGGCAACGUGUGACGCCGGCUACGACGGUGAUUGCGAUGGGCUGUCGGGCGCGGCCGACCCCGACUGCACCCCCUUCCUGCCCGCCGUGGGGCAGAUCAAGAUCACCCCGCCGCCGCCCCCCAAGCCCAACUCGGCGACCGUGAUGCCUGCCAACGCAGCUGCCAACUGCAAAGUUGGCCACAGCUUCUGCACAUCAGUGGCACGGUUUGCCAAGACGAUCAAGCCAAGCGUCAAUUAUUACAUGAAGAACACGACGACGGGCAUGUGCCAGUACUGGCUGAAGGUCCGCACCUGCGCCAAUAGCCUGGUCAAGUGCGGGUGCACCAACGCGCCAGCUGCAAGCAUUAAUGGCUCAGGCGUGCUGGCACCCAUCCGCCGCAACUCCGUCACGGGAGCGGUCAUCACCGCCAAGCCGCAGCGCUGUGAAAGGGGCCAUGCCACGUGCGCCACCAAGACCCCAGGCUCGGCAUGCCAGUUUUGGCUGGCCACACUUACUUGCACCGGCUCCGGCAUCCCCUGCAGCUGCACGCAAGCGCUCAAGCUGCCGCUACGCCGAAAUGGCUUGUAGCCCGGUGCUGGGGGCCUGCUUGUGC